AUGAAGUCGUUUCAACGAGUCGUUAUGAAAGUUACGGACAUUUCAGGUGACGCGAGUGUCCAUUAUGCGUCCGAAAUGACUUCCUCGGACACUUACCAGUUGAAAUGGCACUCGCACAGCUCGCAUCUAAACGGCUCCGUGGCGGCGCUGCUACGCUCGGAGCGGUUUACGGAUGUGAUGCUGUGCACAAUGGACGGCUCUCAGAUACCGGCCCACAGGUUCAUAUUGAGCUCGUGCAGCGUCUACUUGAGCACUUUGCUCGAGGGGCAACGCUACGUGACGCGGAUGGGCGGAAUGCUGUACGUGGUCCUUCCCUCGGAGAUAUCGACCAAGGCUUUGAAAAUCCUCGUGGAGUAUAUGUACAAGGGGGAGACAACCGUGUCUAAUGAGGUCCUAGACACUGUUUUGAAGGCAGGGGAGGUUUUAAAGAUACGCGGCCUUUGGAGGCAAGCUGAUGAGGACACUCCAUCAGCAGAGAAGACAGCCACAGCGUCUGUGCCCACAAAUUCCAAUAAACAAACAACAGCUGCAAAGAAACCGGAGGAGAUACAAACAAAAAUAUCUAUUAAGAAGGAUGAUAAGCUUCUUAAAGCUUUUAAUCCUAUUCAGCAACAGGGCACUGUCACAAGGCCAAUGUUUAUUGGGCCUCCUAAAUUGGUGUUUAUAAAGACCAGUGAGGGUGGCACGACUGCAGCCUUAAGACCAGGUGCCACUAAGGGCCAAACGAUCCUGGUGGCACCCGCACCUCAAACUGAAACAACUAUGGCCACCGCAGUGAUAACCAACCCAAUUCCUACUGCCAGUGCCACAUCUACCGUAUCAGAUGACUCACCAGACGAAGCCCCGCCACAGCGAAUACUAAGAAGGCGUGGUGCCGAAAAAAAGUAUGGAAAAAGACAGAAGACUGACAUCGGGACUGAGACCGAAGAAGGAAAGGACAGUGAAGAUAAUCAGGACAAUGCUUCUGAGACUUCAAGCCACGUGUUAAUUUAUGUGUUAAUUCAUAUUUAUAGUGAAGAUAAUGCAUUAAAAUUAUUAGUGCUUCAUGGUUCAAAACUCUUUAAUAAAAAUAUAAACAUUCAAAUGCCACGGAAAAAAUCUGACCUCAACAACGCGUGCAGCAGAAACGCACGACGCACGCGUAUUGCAAGAGCUCGUCAGUCGGCAGAACAAAUCGCAACAAGAAAUGCAGCUUCAAGAAUUAGGACAGCAAAUGGUCGUGCCACUCGUGCCCUACCAGUGCUUCCAGAGCGCGAAAGAAGAGAGAUUAUAGUGCUGCCAGCUAAAAAAUACAAAAAAUCAUCGCAAAGCACUACGGAAAUUAGUACUGAGGUACACGUGAAGGAUGAACCGGACUGGGAUGCAAGUAGUAUAGAGGAGGAGGAGACAUCUAUUGCUGAGAUGUUCCAUGCAGAGAUGACGGUCAAAUCUGAGCCUGCUGAUGAGAUAGACAUUGAAGAAGAAACUUUGAUGUACAGCCCGCUCUCGUGCGAGCUGUGCGCGGAGGUGUUCACGGUGCCUGGCGCGUGGGUGCGCCACGUGCAGGGCCACGCCCGCUCCGACCACCCGCACGCGCGCAAACGGAAGCACCGCUCGGCGAGCGACGACACGGAAGAGACGACGGCUCUAUUACGCUGCGAUUUAUGCCAGAAACACUUCCCCAACCCCGCCGAGUGGGUGCGUCACAUACAAAGCACUCACACGGAGACAGAGGGCGCGCAAAACAAGACUUGCACGCACUGCAAGAAGAUAUUCCCAUCGCACGCAUCCAUGCUCAUUCAUAUGCGUACACAUACGGGCGAGAGGCCGUUCGUGUGCGGCCUGUGCAACAAGGGCUUCAACGUGAAGUCGAACCUGCUGCGGCACCUUCGCACCCUGCACGACCAGAUGGCGCGCGACGAGCUCGAGGAGCCGGGGCCCUCGGACGUCGUCAAGCGCGAGACU